GCUUCAAAAUGUAAAAUAAAUUCAGUAUUAUUGUUAACUUCAUGUUAUAUGUCUCUUUUGAUUUUAUCAAUUAUUGAUAGUUCAUCAUUUUCAUCAAAGAAGCUUUUAUCAAAGGAGCUUUCAGAACUAUUUUCAAAGAUUUCAUCUAUAUUUAAAUUUUGCUGUUCAUUAGAUAUUUCAUUUUGA